GCUGCACACAGUUUUCUGUUUCUCGUGAUGGUCAGGUUGCUUCUGCUGACUUGGGACACCAUUUUUUUUCUCCUGUUGGUAUCUUUUGGAAAGCGAUACAUCUGGAUCCCUUUUCAGACCGAUUGGUUCAUCCAAAUGCCGCACAGCCAACCAAUGUAUGCCAGAACUAUAGAAGUUCCCUUUCCUUCACAGAGGGAGGUGUCCAUUGCACUCCAGUCCUUGUCCCCUGAUCGUGAGCCAGGGACAGGGGGUACCAUAAGAACUCUGAGUGCUUCAGCUAAUGCACUAUCUGUAAAAUGGAAUGCUGUUGAGGCUCGCAGUCUUCGUGUAUCAGUAGGCUCGUUUUUAGAUCACCUGGCACUUGUAAUGGAAACUAUGGAUGCAUUUGGACAACCAGCUCUACCGUGAAACUAAUGGAACAUGCUGACAGAAAAUUUGCCCAGAUUACAUUCAUUUAAAUCUGUGCUAUUUAAAAAUAUUGUAAUGAUUAUGUAAUAAAAAUCUUAUUACUUGGA